AUGGCAAUUAGUAAAGUACCAAUUAUUGAAAAUUGUUGUUUAUGUGCAUCAGCGUCAACCGAAUAUACUGUUGCACUUAUUUAUCCAAAUACUAAAAAUAUGUCUGUAAUUAAUGAUGAUGAAUUUAUUGAAUUAGUUCUUAAAGAAGUACAAGAUGCUUGUAGAAAAGGUGGAAUUGAAAGAUUUGAAACUCCACAACAUAUUAAAAUUAUCACAGAAUUAUGGACACGUAAAACUGGUCUUGUUACAGAUGCAUUAAAAUUAAAACGAAAAGCCAUUGAACAAAAAUAUAAAGAUGAUAUCGAAAAUCUUUAUGAAGAUAGCAAACCAAAACAAACUUCUGAAAAAAAGAAAAAAUCGAAACCAAAUACAACUGAUGAAAAAACAUCUUCCAACAACGAAAAAAUUUCAAAUGAAAAUCGAACGGAUGUUUCUAAAGCUAUCAUUUCAAAUGAUAAUAACAACAAAAAAGAUCUAUAA